GCCGCCAGCCGGGGCGGCGCGGCCGGCGCGAUGCGGCAGCUGUGCCGGGGCCGCGUGCUGGGCAUCUCCGUGGCUAUCGCGCACGGGGUCUUCUCGGGCUCCCUCAACAUCCUCCUCAAGUUCCUCAUCAGCCGCUACCAGUUCUCCUUCCUGACCCUGGUGCAGUGCCUGACCAGCUCCACGGCGGCGCUGAGCCUGGAGCUGCUGCGGCGCCUGGGGCUCAUCGCCGUGCCCCCCUUCGGCCUGAGCCUGGCGCGCUCCUUCGCGGGGGUCGCAGUGCUCUCCACGCUGCAGUCCAGCCUCACGCUCUGGUCCCUGCGCGGCCUCAGCCUGCCCAUGUACGUGGUCUUCAAGCGCUGCCUGCCCCUGGUCACCAUGCUCAUCGGCGUUCUGGUGCUCAAGAACGGCGCGCCCUCGCCCGGGGUGCUGGCGGCCGUGCUCAUCACCACCUGCGGCGCCGCCCUGGCAGGAGCCGGCGACCUGACCGGCGACCCCAUCGGGUACGUGGCGGGCGUGCUGGCCGUCCUGGUGCACGCCGCCUACCUGGUGCUCAUCCAGAAGGCCAGCGCCGACACGGAGCACGGGCCGCUCACCGCGCAGUACGUCAUCGCCGUGUCGGCCACCCCGCUGCUGGUCGUCUUCUCCUUCGCCAGCACCGACUCUGUCCGCGCCUGGGCCUUCCCGGGCUGGAGGGACCCGGCCAUGGUCUGCAUCUUCGUGGCCUGCAUCUUGAUCGGCUGCGCCAUGAACUUCACCACCCUGCACUGCACCUACAUCAACUCGGCCGUGACCACCAGCUUCGUGGGCGUGGUGAAGAGCAUCGCCACCAUCACGGUGGGCAUGGUGGCCUUCAGCGACGUGGAGCCCACCUCUCUGUUCAUUGCCGGCGUGGUGGUGAACACCCUGGGCUCCAUCAUUUACUGCGUGGCCAAAUUCUUGGAGACCAGAAAGCAAAGCAACUACGAGGACCUAGAGACGCAGCCCCGGGGGGAGGAGGCGCAGCCAGGUGGAGAUCAGCGGCCCUUCGUCAUGGAGGAGCUGCCCGCGGAGGAUGGAGACGGCGGCGGGUCACAAGGUGGCAAGGGAGCAGGUGGCUUCACUCCCAAGAGUGGGCAGGAGGCAAGGGGCAGCCCCAGAGGAGGCCCGCGGGCGGCUAGGAGUUCGCAGGUCACGGACGGCCCCCAGGAAGUGAGCAAGAGGUCACUGAAGGAUGCUUACCUCGAAGUGUGGAGACUGGUUAGGGGAACCAAGUACGUGAAGAAAGAUUAUUUGAUAGAUAACGAGGAGUUACCCAGUCCCUGAAAAGGAAAUGCAUGUAUGUAUAUAUGUACAUACACUUGUUUUAUAUGUUAGAGAUGACGUAUUUUGAUGAGGGGCCACACGAUUUUAUUCUUUGAGGAGUGGGGAAGGGAAGCAAAGAAGGAAGCUGGGCUGACAGCCACAGAAUUAGCACCUGUGUGAAUUAUUCAGCGUGAUUUUCCCUGAGGCGUGGCAGAGACAAACAAAUGUGAAGGUGCUUAGGGAAGGGAAUUUUAUGUCUUUGUUACCAUAACCAAAUGUCUGCAUGUACUAAGAGUUCCUCUACCCAGCCCCUCCAGAGAGGGAGUACAGACAGGAUGACCGCACUUAAUAAGCUCAACGAGGACAUACCCCGGUGCAUCUUCAGUGAUAGCUACGACUACAGAUCUUAUGGCCAGCUGAGCAAGAGUAUCUUAUUGAAAUCAUAUAUAUAUAUAUACACACACACACACACACAUAUAUAUGUAUAUAUGUGCAUAUAAUAUAUGUAUGUGGGCAUAUACACAUAUAUACACACAUCUAUAUACUGAAUUGAUGUUUACUGUUUCUAGUCAUCUGAAAUAUGUUUACUCUAAUUUUUCUUCACUUUUUAAAAAAUAAGUACUCUAUUAUUCUAUUAUAUAUUGGUAGAAAAUGUUAAAGCUAUUUUGAAUAUAUGAGUUCUUAGCUUUAAACCUGAAGCUUAAAGUUGGCUUUUAGUAAUUAUAAAAAUGUUUUAAAGGUUGUUUAGGUUCGUUGCUUCAUCAUAUUUAUUAUUGAAUGCCAUAACCUUUUGAAAAGCCAGUUUUGCUGUGUCCAGUAUUUUUUCAAGCAAAUGCAAAGGCUGAACAAUAAUUCGGUCUUAAGCCCAAAUAGAAGUGAGACCAUUCAGUUGAGCUAGCUCUUUCGAGUCACGCUGCACAUCCCAAGCCCUGUUUCAAAAACUGCAACUGCUAUAUUCACUUUAUGAUAUUUUUCUAUCUUAAAUUUGUCAAAAUAAAAGUAUGAGUCGAUCUGCUAAAAGAUACGGUGUUAUAAAUUUGUUUUAGACACAUUUGUGUUCUGUCGUGGCUGGGUAGCUUGCCUUGGUCUUUAGUGUGUGAUGUCUGGUUUCUCUUAUGGAGGGGCCACCCCAUUGAGACUUUCUUAAGUUAGCAUGGCAGUUUACUUUAAAACAACAACAAUAAUGACCACAAAAGCAUCCUCGUUUUCCGGUCAAGAACACCUUUAUAAAGUAAAAUAAAAUACUGCCUCACGCUGCAGUAAGAAAGCCAACCACAGCUGGCAUCAGUUGAUAUGGAGCCUGAGAUGAAAUAGAAGAGGGCACCCAGAGGGACGUCGUACUUUCAGCUCCCUCCAGAGAGGUAAUUUGAGAGAAGGCACUUUUAUUAUUUGCCAGCAUGUUCCCGAGACUCUCAGAUGGUAGUAUCCUAUAUUUUUCUGUAUUUUUCAAAAAACAAAAUAAAAAGCAAAGUCAAAAAA